AUGAGCGCAAUUCUAAAGGCCGCAAGGGGCGGCAGGAUUCCGAUCAACCCUGCCGUUGUCAUAUCAAACAGGCCAGACGCCUUAGGGCUUGCGUCUGCCAAAAGGCUGGGGGUGGAGACCCGCGUCAUAGAGAGCAGGGGUUUUGCAGGCGACCGAUGGGGGUACGACCAGAGGAUCGUCUCUGCACUCAAAGACUGCGGCGUGACUCCAGAGAACGGCCUGGUCUGCCUUGCCGGCUUUAUGCGGAUCAUCAGCCCGCAGUUUGUAAGGAUGUACAGAAACAGAAUUCUGAACAUACAUCCAGCCCUGCUGCCGGCAUUUCCUGGACUCGACGCGCAAGGGCAGGCGGUAAAAUACGGAGCAAAGUGCUCCGGAUGCACGGUGCACCUUGUCGACGAGGGAGUGGAUACGGGCCCUGUCAUCUUGCAGGAUGUAGUUCGGGUGCGUGAUGACGAUACCGCCGAGUCGCUGUCAGAAAGGAUUCUAAGAAGGGAGCACAUCCUAUACCCGCGGGCCGUAAACCUCUUUGCCACCGGAAGGAUCAAAAUUGAGGGGAGACGGACGAUCAUCGAGGAUCCUCCGGCGUAG